CAGUGUAAUUUGAUUAAUCGAGUUUGUUAGCUCGCUGUUUUUCUGUACUGGAAUUAUUUAAUAAAAUAAUAUUGUUUAAAAGCAAUUUUCGAUGAAAAAGCCAUUCUUUAUAUAAAAUAUAAUAAAUAUAAUAUAAUUUCCGUUGAAAAAAGUUCAAAAUAUAUAUUUUAAAAGCGUUUAUAAAAGAAUUGAAAAAAUUAAGGGUGUCGUCAAAACGUAAAAUACCAUUUAUAAAAAAAAUUCACCACAGUUAUUUUUUUGUUGUUUUAUUUGGGGUAAAAUCGAUUCAACUGUCAGAAUUUUUUCUACAGUUUAUCGAUUUUGUGAUAAUAAAAUACAUUUUUUUCUUGUAAAAAAUAGCAGUGUAAUCGCAAUUGAAUGUAAAAAUUCGUAGAGAAAAGUUUAAAGAACUUUUGUAUAUUUUGGAUUAAAUAACGAGGAAAAUUAAUAAAAAAAGGGAGGAACCUAGUGCAACAAAAUGAAUAUAGAUUUUGCCAAAUUGUGCGGUAAGCACGGAGCGAUUUAUGAGGCCUACUAUAAACAGAUGGAUCCCAAGGGUGCGGGUACCAUAGAGGCUAUGGCUGCAGCAAAGUUUUUAAAGAAAUCUGGCCUUAGCGAUGUGGUUUUAAGUCGUGUAUGGGAUUUAUCAGAUCCCAAUGGUAAAGGAUUUCUGGAUAAACCGGGUUUUUAUGUAGCCCUUAAAUUGGUGUCUCUGGCUCAACAUGGUCAUGUGUACAAUAUGAAUAACAUUUAUAUGGAUACAGAAAGGCCACCUAAAGUGGGUGACUUACCCAAGAUUGUGCCACCUAGAGUACCACCAGCUCCUGUAGCGGCUGGAGGAGUGCCUACGGGCGAUUGGUCCAUUAGUGUUAUUGAUCGCUUAAAAUAUGAACAGUUAUUCGAGUCCUUGAAACCAGUGGGUGGCAUGUUGCCAGGCAAUAAAGUGAAAGGUGUUCUAUUGGAAUCCAAAUUACCCAUGGAUACUUUGGGUAAAAUUUGGGACUUAGCUGAUCAGGAUAAAGAUGGCAAUUUGGAUAAACAUGAAUUUUUGGUUGCCAUGCAUUUGGUAUAUAAAACACUAGAGAAGCGCACGGUACCCGAUGUUUUGCCGGUGGAAUUGCGUAAACCUGGCAUGGGCGCCCCACCACCCAAACCUGGUCCACCUGCCAUGCCACCACCACCUGCUGGUGCUGCCGUUCCUAGGGCUCCCUCGAAUGAAGGUUUUGGCGAUGGUGGUUUUGUAGCCAACUUUCCCAAGGAUAUUGCACCACCACCAGCAAUACCCUUACCCGUUACUGUACCACCACCUAUGCAACGUGUUCCUCCAGUUGGUGGUCCCGCUACCGUGGCACCGCUCAUUUCCACAGAUCCUCUUAUACCCAUUGGUGCUCCGCCAUCGGUAACUGCCAAUGCCGAUUGGGUUGUUACAGCCGACGAUAUGAAACGUUUCGAGGUCAUGUUUAGAGAAGCUGAUCGCGAUAAAGAUGGUUUAGUUUCGGGUCUGGAGGUUAAAAAUGUAUUCUUGCAAUCAGGUGUGCCCCAAAAGAUGUUGGCUCAUAUUUGGGCCCUUUGUGACACUAACCAAUCGGGUAAAUUAACUUUAGAACAAUUCGCUUUGGCCAUGUGGAUGGUAGAACGCAAACAAAGAGGUAUUGAUCCACCACAAGUAUUGACUGCCAACAUGGUGCCACCUUCAAUGCGUGGCAUAGUAUCCGGUGUAGAUGUACAAGAAUCAAAACCAACUUAUACUAAUCCAGAAUUGGAAAUGAUAUCGAAGGAAAUUGAAGAAUUGGCUAAAGAACGAAGAGCUUUAGAAACUGAAAUAGCUCAAAAAGAAGCCGAUAUACGCAUUAAAAAUGGUGAAGUUAGAAGUUUGCAGAGCGAAUUGGAUACUUUAUCAGCAACUUUAAAACAAUUGGAAAAUCAACGUGGCGAGGCACAGAAACGUUUAGAUGAUCUUAAAGCUCAGAGCUCUGAAUAUAAGCUGUCCUUAGAAAGUAUAAAUCUAGAUAUUACCCAAACGAGAAUUCAGGUUAAUAAAAUCCGUGAACAAUGUCAGAAACAAGAAGACACUAUUAAUGAACAAGAGGGUGAACUGAAUGCAAAACGUUCAGAAUUACAAAAGCUUAAAGAUGAAGAGAAUUCAUUGCAAAAGGAAUAUGAUGAAAAUAAUCGUGAAUUACAAAAAUUAACAAAUCAUUUACAAAAUACACAAUUGCAAAUAAGUUCGAUCCGUUCAAUGGUCACACAACUAAUGGAAACCCAACGUCAAAUGACUGAUGCUUUACUAAUGUGUCGAGCUGCCAUCGAUGCAGAAAACGCUGAACUAGUCUCAGAAUAUCAAUUAAAAAUUGAACCAGAUUUCGAUGAAGCACGUAAAACCUUGGAAAAAGAAAUUGAUAUACCAAAAGAUGAUCCCUUCAAUGAUAAUAAUACAGCUUUAAAUAAAAACAAUGGCUUUACAACAAAUGGUUUUGAGAGUGAUCCCUUUGCGGGUAAUACAACAAAGACAGCAACAACAAAAACAGGUUUCGAUGAUAGUUUUAAUACUGGAUUCGAUGCGGGUUUUGAUGCUUUUGGCAGCAGUGCUAACAGUGGAGGAUUUGGUGAAACACAAAAAGAUCCCUUUGGUGGGGAUGCAUUUGCUAAUAAAACAGAGCCUGUCAAAGAUAACUUUGAUAGUGAUCCCUUUGCAUCUUUACAUGCUCCCACGGGUCAGGGUCAGGUAUUAAGCCCCAAUACACAAACUGCUAACACAUUGGCCAGCAGUAAUAAGUCAGGACCUCCACCUAGACCAGAAUCGCCUAGUCCAGCUUUACCGCCCAAAAAAUCAAAGGUACCACCGCCAAGACCAGCUCCACCCAGGCCCUUACAGGCUCCCAAUCGUCCGGCACAACCAGAUGCCUUUGGUUCAUCCUCAAAUCCUGGAGGUUUUGCUGAUUUUGCCGAUUUUGACAAUAAGGCUCCCACUUUACCACCACCAUUUGCACCCACAAUACCAACAAAAACACCAACUCAAAACAAUUUUAAUAAGCUAAAGAACACAACUACAACGAAUACAACAACAUUAGCCACAACAAUAACUCCAUCAUCGUCAUCGACAAUUUCGUCAAUAGCAUCAUCAUCAUCAUUGUCAAACACAAAUCUAUCAUUAUUUGAUAAUUUCACAUUGACACCACCCACUCCUGUUACUGCUACUGCAUCCCAAUCGCAAACCACUACAUCCUUAUUUGGCUCGAAUACCGCUCUGAAUAGAGAAGCCCUAUCGGAAUUGUAUAGUAAGACAAAUGCAAGCAUUUCCACCAUGAACAACGUAGUUGACAGCACCACCACCAACAUCGCAACUACAACUUCAACAAACAUAAAUAAUCAUUUAACACGUUCCACUACACCACUGCAGCUGGCUGCAACAACAACAACAGCAACGACAACGACCACAAAAACAACCCCAAGUACAUCGAGUGUAUUUGAUGCGUUUGGUACAAUGACAACGACUUCUUCCUCGGAUACAGCAGCAACAAAUAAGAUGGAUCAUUUUAGUACGAUUAAAUCAACUUCUUCGAUCAUAAGUGGUCCCACCGAUUUUAAGGAUGAUCCCUUUAAAGACUAUCGUUACGAGGAUCCAUUUAAUAUUAAAGAUCCUUUCGAUGACGAUGAUGAUGAAUUUCCCACUGAUCCGGAUAAAGUAUUUAAAGAUGAUGUAAUUGUUGCCUCGGAAGAUGAAACCCUCAAAAUCAAUCAAAACAAAAAUAACAACGCUUUCAAUCUCGAUUCGUUUCAAGCAAAUACAACAAGUUCUUCGAGUGCUUCAAAUGCCUUUAGCACCGCUAAAUCACAUUCUACUGUAAGCAGUGAAUUUUUAAAUCAAUUUGAUAGCUUUACGCUACAAUCAAAUCCCAGUCCAGUGCCUUCACAUCACUCGUCUACAUCAUCAGCAUUUAUGGGUGCAAGCGGUUCGGAUAUGAAAGACAAUAAUGCGGCAAAAUCCAAAAGUAAUACACCCAUACCUAUGAACAAUGCAAAAGCUACACCAACAAGUCUAUUUGAUAAUUUUGCUGAUUUCGAUACCUUCUCAACGAAAUCAUCUACCUCGACUAUGGAAUCUAAUAAAAAGACCAAUGUUUCAAAAGCCGAUCCCUUCUUCGAUGCAUUUAAUGAUAAUUUCGAAACAACUUCUAAUAAAAGUUUAGAUUCUAAUUCAAAUCCUUUAAAAACGAAUACAAAAUCUCUUCAAUCUCUAGAUGCAUUUGAUGCUUUUGGUAAUGUUAGCGAUAAAACUACAACAGCAUUUGAUGCUUUUGGUGAUAAUUUAAAUGCAACUAAUAAGACCCAACAGGUAGCAACGGCCUUGUUUGAUGCCUUUAACGAUAACAACUUUGAGGAUGAUUUCUUUAAGACAGCAAAUCUAGCAAAAGACAACACCAUUAGCUCAACACUAAAAGAAACCAAUUUAAAUAAUAACAACUCGAAACUGAAUAAAUCUCCUUUACCCUUUAACGAUAAUGAUUUUGCAAAAUUCGAUGCUUUCGGCACGCUCAAUGAGGAUAAUUUUAAUAAUUCCGCUAACACCACAACUAAUCUUAAUAAUUCCAUAGCAAAACCAAAAUACUCUUUAACAAAAACUGAUAAUUUUAUAAAAGUACAAAAUAAAUUAACAGUCGAUAAUAAGAAUACAGAAAAUGGUGCUAAAUUGCCAGAAAAGUUUGAGGCAGACUAUUCGAAACCGGAAACCUUUGAUGAUGAUCUACAAGAGGCCAUUAAACGCAGCAUGGUGGAUCAGUAAAUUUUGCAGAUAAAUAAUUAUUAUUAUAUUAACUAUAUGUAUGCUUACUUAAAACUAUAAUUUAAUCAUAUCAACUUUAUGUCUUUUACUCUUAAUAUAUACAUUAUUAUUGUGUACUUCCUUUUCUUGUUACAAAAUUAUGCUUUAAUUCUUUUUUUUUAUUUUGAUAUUAUUCUAAAAUCUCUCUCUAUAUAUACCUUUCAAAGUUUAACUUUGUUUGUAUAGAUGUGUGUUCUUGUAUUAUUGUUUCAAUUCCAAAAUUUAUAUAGUGUAUAUGUAUUAUAUAUGUAACCAUUAAAUUACAUUACAUUAAAUUUAUUUAUAUUUAAAUAUAUUCCAUUAUAUUUUAAUAAUGAUUUUUUAAAAAAAAGAAAGAAUGCUUAUAGUAUAUGAACAAAGGCAAAAUCCCAGUUUAAACAUGAAUUCAAUUUAAUUUUUUUUUUAUUUUAUACAAAAAAAAUCAUGAUUUCUUUAUAUUUUAAAAAAGAACAUUUUAUUGUUAUCGAACUCAAUGUAUUAUUUACGCGAUAUUAUUCAUCAA